GCUACCGUCACAGCGCACGCAGCCAAAUCAUCAGUAACUGGCCUCAAUGAAAAAUCCCCUCCGAGCGGGAAGCCAAUCAUCUGACGCGGAAUAUCAAGCAGUUCUCAUCCAGCAGAUAGACGACAGCAGAGGAUGAUGGGCGAGCCGACAGGAUCUUGUGACGCAGUCUGACCCUUCCUGCAGUUUUCUAUCAGGUUGGAGACGAUUAGACAGUCAUGCCACCUCCAGUAGAUAUCGUGAAGGUUGCCAUUGAGUGGCCUGGGGCCAAUGCUCAGCUGAUAGAGAUGGAUCAGAAAAGACCUUUGUCCUCCAUCAUCCGAGAAGUUUGUGACGGCUGGUCUUUGUCAGGCUCAGAACAGUUUGCUCUGCGUUAUGCUGAUGGUCCUCAGCUCUACAUCACAGAGCAGAGCCGGGGAGACAUCAAGAAUGGCACCAUCCUUCGAUUAGCUAUUUCUCCAGCUCGUGCUGCUCGUCAGCUGCUGGAGAGGAUCCAGUCCCACAGUAUAGACGCUCGCCUGGAGGCUCUGAAAGAGCUGGCUAAGCUCUCUGCAGAUCCAACCUUUGCUGCAGAGUUCAUCAACAUGGAGGGCAUCGGGACUCUGGCUCGCCUCGUGGAGAGCGGCACUCACUUUGGGGAGAUGUUGGCCUUCACUCUCACGGCCUUCCUGGAGCUGAUGGAUCAUGGCAUCGUGUCCUGGGAUCUCAUCUCCAUCUCCUUCAUCAAACAGAUUGCAGGCUACGUGAACCAGCCGAUGGUGGACGUGUCCAUCCUGCAGCGCUCUCUGGCCAUCCUGGAGAGCAUGGUCCUCAACAGCCACAGCCUCUACCACCGAGUGGCCCAGGAAAUCACCGUGGGACAGCUCAUCGGGCACCUGCAAGUGUCGAACAAGGAGAUCCAAACGUACGCCAUCGCUCUCAUCAACGCUCUCUUCCUGAAGGCUCCAGAGGACAGGCGGCAGGAAAUGGCGAGCACUUUGGCUCAGAAACACCUUCGCUCCAUCAUCCUCAAUCAUGUAAUCAGAGGAAAUCGCCCUAUCAAAGCUGAAAUGGCGCAUCAGCUUUAUGUGCUGCAAGUAUUGACCUUUAACCUUCUGGAGGAGCGAAUGAUGACCAAAAUGGACCCAAAUGAUCAGGCUCAGAGAGAUAUCAUUUUUGAGCUGCGCAGAAUUGCCUUUGAUGGAGAAAGCGAUCCCACCGGUACGGAGAAAAGAAAGGCCACGUACACCAAGGAUUACAAGAUGCUGGGAUUCACGAACCAUGUCAAUCCAGCUGUGGAUUUUACCCAGACUCCCCCUGGGAUGCUUGCUCUGGACAACAUGCUGUAUCUGGCCAAGGUUCAUCAGGAUACAUACAUUAGGAUUGUCUUGGAAAACAGCAGCAGAGAGGAUAAGCACGAGUGUCCGUUUGGCCGCUGCGCUAUCGAACUCACUCGCAUGUUAUGUGAAAUACUCCAGGUCGGGGAACUACCGAACGAGGGUUGCAACGAUUAUCACCCCAUGUUCUUCACCCAUGACCGAGCGUGGGAGGAGUUCUUCUGCGUCUGCAUCCAACUGCUAAAUAAAACCUGGAAGGAGAUGAGGGCCACGGCUGAGGACUUUAACAAGGUGAUGCAGGUGGUGCGUGAGCAGAUUACGAGGGCUCUGGCAAUGAAGCCGUCGUCUAUAGACCAGCUGAAGAACAAACUGCGAGGCCUCAACUACUCCGAGAUUCUGCGUCUGCGGCAGUCCGAGAGAAUGAGCCAGGAUGACUUUCAUUCUCCACCUAUCAUCGAGCUGCGGGAAAGAAUUCAGCCCGAGAUCCUAGAGCUCAUUAAGCAGCAGCGACUGAACCGGCUCUGUGAGGGAAGCUGCUUCCGUAAACUGGGGAACCGCCGGAGGCAGGAAAAGUUCUGGUUCUGCAGACUCUCUCUGAAUCACAAAGUGCUGCACUAUGGAGACUUGGAUGAGUCACCUCAGGGUGAAGUGCCUUUUGAGCUGCUUAGUGACAAGAUCCCAGUCUCAGACAUCAAGUCUGUGCUGACGGGGAAGGACUGCCCUCAUAUGAAGGAGAAGAGCGCUCUAAAGCAAAACAAGGAGGUGCUGGAGUUGGCUUUUUCUGUCCUCUAUGAUCCAGACGAAACCCUCAAUUUUGUUGCACCAAAUAAAUAUGAGUAUUGCAUCUGGACUGACGGGCUUUGUGCGCUGCUGGGCAGAGAAAUGGGCAGUGACCUGACACGCAGCGACCUAGAUACUCUUAUCAGCAUGGAGAUGAAGCUCCGUCUGCUCGACCUUGAGAAUAUCACCAUCCCAGAAGCCCCGCCUCCUGUGCCUAAGGAGCCUAGCUCGUAUAACUUCACCUACAACUACAGCUGAAGUGUGUAUGCGGCUGCAGCGCAUGCACACUUGCAUGUUUGUCACAUAUGAACUCCAUCAUCAUUCGUCGUCAAGGUAUGAAAGGUUAGGUACCGCAUGUGGAGUCGAGAAAUUCAUAGAAGACAAACACUAACAAUCCAGCACUUAGAAGAGGAGUGUCCAAUUCCAGGUGAAGAGUGCCACUGUCCCUACCUCAGUCUGAUUACCUGGAUCAGGUGUGUUCUGCCAGAUGACAAAGCAGGACGGUGGCCCUUGAGGACUGCAGUUAGACACGUUAGGUUCUGUAUCUGUGGAGAAACUGAGUUGUAAAACUGUGAAUGGUCUCACAGGAGGGAGGCCAGGGUCCUCAAAACCAUCCAGAUCCACUGAAUGGUUCCUAUAGGAGUCUAUGUCAGGGUUGAGAAUUCGUGAAUAACCGAAAAUGCACGGCACAAGACGCAGAUGGAUGUACAUUUAAAGUAAAACAGAAAGCAAAAAAUAAAGUAGAACUUGAAAAUCUUUUACUAGAAAUCAUAACAAAAUAGGCUGGAAAAAGAAAAUAGUCAAUAUAAAUAAAUGAAAGGUGUGGUUAUGUCACCAAAUGGGUUUUAUGGCUUCAUAACCAUCAUCGUCUUCACUGGAAAUGACUUCAAUGAACCCCAGCUUUUCUGAAAAUAGACCAACCAGCCUGGCAGUUACUGGAACUACAGACCAAUCUAAACCUGUUUAUUAAAUAAACAUAAUUUAAUUUUUGUGCUGAUUUGAUCUCAAACAUAACAAACUAUUAAUUUUACUUAAAAAAGCCUUGGAAUCUUACCUGGAGUAUUCCGAAACCAAAAUUUUUGAUCUUCCCCAUUGACAUUUAUAGAGACGGACAAAGCAAGGCGUUGACGUCACCAUUGGAGAAUGCCUUACCUCUGGUUCCAGCCAAAUGAAGUCAGUUCAGUCGAAAUUUUUCCCCAGUAUGAAUUUCACCAUUUUGGGACCAGACAAAGCUCUAUAAUUUGUUACAUUUAAAAUUAUUAUUUUUCAUAAAAUUAAACUUAUGAGUUGAUGGUUUGCUCAAAAAAUUAUGAUGACGUCAUCAAGCGGUAGUAUCAACCGUAUUUCAAGACACUAUUUUCCUAUAUCUCCCUGUGGAUGUAGGGAUAGGGACAAGCUGUAGGAGCAGAAGAUGAAUUCAGUCCCACAUGAUUCUUAACUUUUUUCUGGAGACUCGGAAGAAAGCUAAGAGGCAACAUUUAUCCCUUUCUCCUGAAGACGGGUUUAAAAAUAAAAUAAACUGUAGCCAGGUCAAUUUACAAGAUCACCAUUCUGUAAAUGGCCCAAUUUUACAAAAGAAAAAAAAAACAUACUUACAGGCUAAGACUCUUUCAACGGUAAUAAUCAUGGAAACUUUAUUGUUGGUCAUUUUGUUUAAAUAAAUCUCAGAGUAAUAAAUGGUUUCAUAGUCUUCUGAUUGACAAGUAACUGUCGGAUUGAUGGCUCUAAAAGAAUCAGCUUUACGGGUCCCUUUAGCUGUCAGGCUUGUUUGUCAUUCCUCUAUUUCAGGGUUUUUUAUGGGGUUUAGUAACAUUAAAGUCGACCAAGAGGAAGAACUAGUGACCUGGCUACACAAUCUGUCUAAAAACAUGGUUAAAAGGAGACAGAGAAAUCGAAAUAGUCUGGUACUAACAAUCCAAAAGCAGCUCUGGCAUUAAAAUUAGACCAGAUAUGAGCAACAAAGGAAGAAUUAAUAUCAAUACGACAGAAAGUCAAAUAACUACCAAAAAAAUAUGACUAGAAACUAAAAAUAUAAAGAAGCAAUGUAAAACAGAAAUGUCAUUUCCUUACAAUUUGAUUAAAAGUGAUUAUUUUUGAAUAAAAACAGCAUAAUCUGUUUUAUGCUUUUCACUCUAGGGUACCUGAGAAUCAUUGCUGCUGCUCUACUCCCAAAAAGAGUCAAGGAUGAGCUGAAAGUUUAUGAAUGAAUAUAAAAAUCUCAUUUUUUUUCCCUUUUUUAGAGUUUUUUUUAAAGCACUUUAGUCCCGUCAAGAGGUGUUUGUAAUGUUAGGAAAUCAAGAAUGAAGCAACUUUCAUUCUAAUUUAAAGCCCGUGCUCUCUAAACGACUGCUUUACAACCAGCUGAACGAAACAGCUUCUCAUUACAGACUCAUUAGUUUAAGCAAAUCUCAUUAAAGGUCUGAUUAUAAAUGAAAAUGCAGAAAUACAGUAAGAACAAACGAGCUCUGGGGAAAUCGAAUCCUCGUCAUGACUUUGAAGCAAGGGACGGAGAACUAGAUAAGUUGUUAACAACACAUCUACAAAUUCAAGGUUCUGAAAAUCAAAUGGUUUUCCGUCUGAACACCAGAACUCUUCCCUGUUUUCAGAUCAAAUCCUGCUCCCACCUGUUAAACUAGAUGAAGCAUUAAACCCUUUAAAUGAAUAUGUGACUCUGGUGUUCAUAAGUGUGUCGUCUGACUGGAAUCUUUUCUACAUCUUUAUGUCGUUGAAUGUAAAGAAUCAUGUGUUUGAGGAGCUUUUGGCGCUGAAGUCAUUUCAAUCAUAUUCACUUCAUUGCCUUAUUAAUCACUGACACACUAUGAGUUUGGCUCCAUUUUAAAAUAUGUGAUUUUUUCUUUGUUUUUAUGACAAUUAUAUUGAAAAAUGUUACACCGCUGUAUGACGGAGGUGUAGCAGAUGCAAACAUUGUAAUGGUUGAAUGUCCGUUCAAAGGUGUUGGGACAGUUUUUAAUGGUGAUACAGUUAACCUUCAGUGUCAUUUGUACGUAAAUAUUUAGAGUUUGCAAUGUGGUAUUAAGCAUUUAUUACCUGCUUGCAAUCUGUAUAUUGUGUAUAUGUGCAACAGGAUAAAAGAACAUGUCUUUAGAUGAAACAAUCAGCAUAUUUAGUUAUGAUAUUGUACAAAUAAAGAGGAAAAACCUUCCUAACGUUAGACUGGAGCUACUAGAAACUCUUGCAAAACUGAAGCAAAGUCUGAAAAUCUGUUAUUUAAGUUGUGUAGACUUUCAGGGUACUGACAGUACAGACUUCAUACUGCAUGCAGCACAAAACUGUAACAUCUUUUCUUAUAGUGCAGAAAUGGCUCUCGGUACCACCUUAAAUAGGAUGCACUUGAAGACAAGUGAAAAGAGUGCUUUUGUUUUGCAUCCGUGUUAAGUUUUGACCAAAAAAAAAGACUACAUUUAUAAGACUAAAAGUAUUUAUGGUAAAAUCAUUGCUUUAACAUGAAGUGCCACAUUGUGUCUGCAUUUUUAGUAAAUAGUUACUGUGAUGUGAAGAAAAACAAAAAAGUCAUUUUUGGCUUUUAUUGUGUGUUUUUAACUGGAUGCCUUUGUGUUUGAACUGCUUAGAAAAAUCAAAGGCUUGACUUCAGACAGAGACAGAACUGCUCUGUAAUUCACUCAUGGUCAAAAAAAUGUCAAAUAAGUUUAUAAAUAAAUAAAUAAAAGAAUGUGCAAACUUUUCACCUGCCCAUAAAUUGACUUUUAACACUCCGGACAUGGAGUUUAUUGCUUGGUGGCAUUUCCUUAUAGCUGCUUAGUUACUUAUUUCCAAACUUUCUCCUGUUUGCUUGUUAACUAACUACUUGUAAUCACAGCUGCCACUUGCUUUUGCACUAUAGAACUAUAUUUUUGUAAAAGAUGGUGCAUGUUUGUUGUUUGUGAAGAGACUGGAUGUAAAACUGACCGUGCUUUAACGUCUUACCACUUCGUACAGUUCACUACUUUACCUUCAAACUGAAUUCUUUAUCAUCUAAAUGCUUAUGAAGUUGUUUUUUUCCCUCAGAACGUAACAACCCAGCAGUUAUUAAUGAUGUCAGAUGGUGAGGCAGUGCAAAAAAUAUUGCUAUUUACUGUUAAUGCUGUUUGUAAAAUGAAUGUGUUGGAAUUUUAGUUGUGUAUCUGUUUUACUUUAAAAGGAUAAAAUAUUGUGUUCUGCUGUG